AUGAGGAAGAAAGUAGAGACAGAGCUGAGAGACUCACCAAGCAGGGGGGUCAUUGAACCAGUGAAGUUCUCAGAAUGGGCUACACCAAUACUACCAGUGUUGAAGCCUGACGGAGGGGCACGCAUUUGUGGAGACUACAAACUCACGGUGAACCCAGUCUCUAAGCUAGAGCAGUAUCCAAUACCAAGUCCCGCUAUAUUUCAACGGAUGAUGGAAGGACUGCUGUCAAGAAUCCCUAAUGUGGCUGUGUACCUGGACGACAUCCUGCUGACGGGCCGGAGUGACCACGAGCAUCUGGAGACGUUAAAUGAGGUUCUGAGGCGGCUACAAGAGGCAGGUCUUCGAUUGAAACGCAAUAAAUGUGCCUUCUUGGAGCGAGAGGCGGAAUUCCUGGGGUACAAAGUGGAUUCUGCGGGGCUCCAUCCCCUGCCAAACAAGGAGGAGCAAGAGAGGGCUUUUGGGGAGUCUAAGAAACUCUUGCAGUCGUCAAAGGUCUUAGUGCAUUAUGACAGCCAGAAAGACUUAUUAUUGGCCUGCGAUGCGUCGCCUUAUGGUGUGGGGGCGGUGUUGUCACAUCGUAUGUCAGACGGGCAAGAGCGACCUAUUGGCUUCAUGUCACGGACACUCACGCCAGCCAAAUCAAACUACUCACAACUGGACAAGGAAGGACUGGCAGUGACUUUCGGCAUUCAGCGUUUCCAUAAGUACUUGUAUGGAAGGAGGUUUGUCAUUUCCACAGACCACAAACCACUAUUGUCACUUUUCAAUGAGUUGAAAGCUGUGCCUCAAAUGGCAUCCCCUCGCAUCCAAAGGUGGGCGGUGACUUUGAGAGCAUAUGAAUAUGAGAUUGUCUACAAGCCAGGGAAAUAUCACGGCAACGCAGACGCGCUGAGCCGAGUGCCCCUGCCUCAGCCAUCGACAGAGAAAGUGCAAGAGGAUUGA